UGAUGUCUCUUCAAGUCUUUGCCUCAAAAUCAAAAAAACUCUCUCUCCUCUCUCCUCUCCCUCCUUCAUCAUCACUUCUCAGAUUGCGUUACCUUUUGAUCUUUUUUUUUCUUCAUCUUCACCGUAUUGGUUUGAGCGAGAAAAUGAUAAUCAAGCUUAUCUCAUUUGGGUGAUUGCCACUUUCAGCUAUAGACCCAGUUUCCUCUCAAUUUUUUUAUAGUAAUUUUGUUUUCUGGGAAAGUUUCUGCCUUUUUCUGUUCCUUUUAAUUAUCCUUCCUCUAUCUAGUAUGAUUGCCUUUUUAUGAAUGCCAACCCAAAAAAAAAACGUAAAAAUAGUUGCUAAUGUAGGAGUAGCCUUCUCUCUGUAAUUCCGGUUCGAUUUUCAAUGUUUUCGUGAAAAAAGAAAACACUUUGUGGGGUUUGUGAGAUCAAAGAGUGUGAAUUUGAGAUCCGAGACUUUUCUCUCUCUGUCUCUGUCUUUAAGAAGUGUUGAGGAGGAUGAGAGAGGAAGAUUCCAAUUGGUUCGCUAAAUGGGAAGAAGAGCUUCCGUCGCCGGAGGAGCUCAUACCGAUAUCUCAAUCGCUAAUCACUCCCGAUCUCGCCAUCGCCUUCGAUCUCCGAAGCCCUAACCACCGCAGCAACGGAAAUUCCGGUCAACCUCUGCCUCAAACCACGCCGUCUCAAGCCAAUUCCUCCGCCGAAUUCGCCGCAGAUUCCGCCGGCGACGAGCCAGCUCGAACUCUGAAACGACCGCGUCUAGUGUGGACGCCGCAGCUGCACAAGCGUUUCGUAGACGCGGUGGCUCAUCUCGGGAUCAAAAACGCCGUUCCCAAAACCAUCAUGCAGCUUAUGAGCGUCGAUGGAUUAACCAGAGAAAACGUCGCAAGCCAUUUGCAAAAGUACCGGCUUUACCUCAAGAGGAUGCAAUCCGGCGGCGGCGGCGGCGGCGGAGGAAACGUCGGCGAGUCCGAUCAUCUCUUCGCGAGCUCACCUGUUCCUGCACAUUUCCUCCACCCGAUAGGUAGACAGAGCUCCGACCAUUUCAUGCCGUCUUUUGUCCCAAUCGCGGCUCUUCAGCAACAACCGCCUCAGUUCCUCCACCGGCAAAUCUCAGCCGCGAAUUUCACAUCUCCGACGAGCAACGGGAAAGCGAUGGACCAGUCGUUGUUCUUGGCCAGGCAGAAUCAGCAGCAACCAGUUCUCAUCAGACCAUCUUCAUUGCAUUUGCAUAGUCAAGUGGCUAAUAACGCAGAGGAUUUGGAAUCAGGAGCCAAGACGGUCUUAACUCUGUUUCCAUCUCGACACGACUGAAUGAUAUAUAUCUCUGUUUCUAGAUCGGAACAUCCACAAUCCGACUUCUGUUUUUUUUUUUUUUGGUCUUUGUCUGUGCACUGUAGAUCCGGUCAGUACCAGGCUCUGUGACCGGAUCUUUGAUGAUUCUGUUUCAUGUUUCAAAGUGUUUCCACAAAUGUCUUAGGAACAAUGGCCUCCUUGCGUCUCAAAGAUUGAGUUUUUUCCUCUGUAAAAUCCUGAUUGGAUAAAAAGAAGUCAUCUUUUCACUUGUUUGGAUUUGAUUAUACAAGUACUUUACUGUGUGUUUAUAUUGCUUCA